AUGGUUGGUUUGUCGGAUUUCCUCGUGGGUGCCUGCCUUGUGCCGGCUGUCUACAGUUCUUUUUCUACAUCUGCUUCCAAGGCUUCUUCCCAUGCUGCUUCUACUUCAGCCUCCUCUUCCUCGGCUGCUGCAUACUCCCAGUUUAGUCUGCCUGCUAGUGCGGAUGUUGGUGCCAAUUUGAUUGCCAAUAUCGAUGAUCCUAAGGCUAUCGAUGCCCAAUCGGCCUGUCCGGGUUACAAAGCGUCCAAUGUAAAGGAGUCUGCCAGGGGGUUGACCGCCACUCUGAAGCUUGCCGGUAAGGCAUGCAACGCCUAUGGCACGGAUGUGGACUCGUUGGAUUUGUCGGUUGAGUACCUUGCCAAUGAUCGACUCAAUGUUCAAAUUGUUCCGACUUACAUUGAUUCGUCCAAUGCUUCUUGGUUCAUGUUGGAUGAGAGUACCGUUCCUCGAGCCAAGUCGGAUAAGAACGCCUCCAAGAAGGAUAGUGAUCUUGAGGUCACUUGGUCUAAUGAGCCUUCUUUCCAGUUCAAGAUUACUCGCAAGGCUACUGGUGAUACCAUCUUUGAUACCACCGGGUCGCGCUUGGUAUUCGAAAACCAGUUCAUUGAAUUUGUGACCUCGUUGCCUAAAGAUUACAACCUUUACGGUAUUGGAGAGCAUAUUCAGCAGUUGCGUCUUUUGGACAACGCUACCUUGACUCUCUAUGCGUCAGACCAGGGUGACCCAGUCGAUGACAAUAUCUAUGGAUCUCACCCUUUCUAUCUUGACACCCGCUAUUACGAUGUCAGCGAAAGUGGCGACCACACCCUCGUUGCGAGUGACAAAGCCGAUCAAUCAAAAGACUAUGUCUCCUACUCGCACGGUGUCUUCUCGCGAAAUGCCCAUGGCCAGGAAGUUAUCAUGCAGUCUGAGGGACUCAAGUGGCGCACUCUGGGUGGUAGCAUCGAUCUCACCUUCUACUCGGGGCCUACUCAGGCCGAUGUCACCAAGAACUAUCAACUGAGCACCAUUGGACUGCCUGCAUUGCAGCAGUACUUUACCCUUGGCUACCACCAGUGUCGCUGGGGAUACCAGAACUGGACUGUUGUUGAAGAUGUUGUUUCUAACUUUGAGAAAUUUGGAAUCCCGCUUGAGACUAUCUGGAAUGACAUUGAUUAUAUGCAUGGCUACCGUGACUUUGACAAUGACAAGAACCGCUACUCCUACAGCGAGGGCGAGGAAUUCCUUGACAGGCUGCAUAAGAGUGGCCGUCACUACGUGCCCAUCAUUGACUCCGCUAUCUACAUACCGAACCCUAACAAUGAGUCUGAUGCCUACGAGACCUACACUCGCGGUCACAAAGAUAAUGUCUUCUUGAAGAACCCUGAUGGAAGUGAAUACAUUGGAGCUGUCUGGCCCGGAUACACAGUCUUCCCUGACUGGCAUAACCCCAACACAAGCGACUUCUGGACGAACGAGAUUGUGGCCUACCACAAAAAGCUAGCGAUCGACGGCAUCUGGAUUGAUAUGAGUGAAGUUUCUUCCUUCUGCGCCGGUAGCUGCGGAUCAGGCAACCUCAGUCUGAACCCAAUCCACGGCACCACCCUGCCUGGAGAGCCUGGCAAUGUGAUCUACGACUAUCCCGAAGGAUUUGAGUUGACCAACAAGACCGAAGCUGCCUCUGCGGCUUCCGCAUCAUCUAGCCAAGCUGCGGCCGCGACAAGCUCCGAGUCUUCUUCCAGCGUCUCCUACUUGCGAACUACACCCACUGCCGGUGUGCGCAAUAUCAACUACCCGCCAUACGUCCUCAACCACGACCAAACAGGCCAUGAUCUAGCCAUCCACGCGGUAUCCCCCAACGCCACUCACUCCGAUGGUGUCCAGGAAUACGACGUGCACAACCUAUUCGGGCACCAAAUCCUCAACGCCACCUACAACGGCCUCCGCGCAGUCGACGAGCAAAAGCGACCCUUCAUCAUCGGCCGCUCAACAUUCGCCGGCUCAGGCAAAUGGGCCGGCCACUGGGGCGGCGACAACUUCUCCAAAUGGGCCUACAUGUUCUUCUCAAUCCCACAAGCCCUCUCCUUCUCCCUCUUCGGCAUCCCAAUGUUCGGCGUCGACACCUGCGGCUUCAACGGCAACAGCGACGAAGAACUCUGCAACCGCUGGAUGCAACUAUCCGCCUUCUUCCCCUUCUACCGCAACCACAACACGCUCUCCGCAAACCCACAAGAACCCUACACCUGGGCCUCCGUCACAGACGCCACCAAAAAAGCCAUGAAAAUCCGCUACGCAAUCCUCCCCUACUUCUACACCCUCUUCCACGAAGCCCACACAACCGGCUCGACGGUCAUGCGCGCGCUAGCCUGGGAAUUCCCAACAGACCCCUCCCUCGCCGCCAUCGACACCCAGUUCCUCCUCGGUCCAUCGCUGAUGAUCGUCCCAGCCCUAGCCCCGCAAGUCGACUCCGUCAAGGGUGUCUUCCCGGGCCUGAAACAUGGCGAGAUCUGGUACGACUGGUACAACCAGACGGCCGUGACUGCCCGCCCGGGCGUGAACACCACCAUCCCCGCGCCUCUCGGCCAUAUCCCUGUCUUCGUGCGCGGCGGCAGUAUCCUACCCAUGCAGGAGCCGGCGCUGACUACGAAGGCAGCGCGCAGCACGCCUUGGUCGCUGCUCGCUGCGCUGUCGGGUAAUGGGACUGCUGUUGGCGAUUUGUAUAUCGAUGAUGGGGAGAGUGUCCGGCCUGAUGCUAGUCUGAAUGUGAGGUUCAAGGUGCAGGCUUCGAGUCUGAGUGCUGAUACUCGGGGUGAAUGGAAGGAGGUGAACCCGCUGGCUAAUGUUACUGUUCUGGGUGUUUCGGAGAGACCCGGUGCUGUUACACUUAAUGGUCGGUCUGUUCCGGCCUCUGGUGUGAGGUAUAAUGCUACUUCGCAUGUGCUUUCUGUUGGUGGGUUGGAGAAGUUCACGGCGGGUGGUGCGUUUGGUGAGAACUGGGUGCUUAAGUGGUAG